UUCAAUGGUUAAUCCUUGUAUACCCGACCCCAUUGUUGUCAUAAUUGGAGCUGGAAUUGCUGGUUUAUCGGCUGCACAACAUUUAGCGCGUGGUGGUAUCAAAAAUUUUAUUAUUUUAGAAGCUACUGACCGUCCCGGUGGAAGAAUUCAUUCAAAAUGGCUAGGUGAUGUGGUCACAGAAAUGGGAGCACAUCAUAUUGAAGGGGGAUGUUCUGAAAAUCCAAUUUUUAAUUUAGCAUGUCAAGAAGGGUUGUUAAAGCCACCUUUACCACGUUCAAAAUCUCCAAAUUGUGGCCUGUUUUGUACAAGCGAAGGAAAAAUAAUCAAUUUGGACAUAUGUAUUAGUGCAUAUAAGGUUUUUCAACAAAUUCAACAAGAAGCAACUUCGUUAUUUUCAUUAGGAACAAAUUUUCCAAAUUGUAAUUUACUUGAAUUUCUUGGUUUACGAAUUAAACAAGAAUUAUAUAAUUUUCCCGAAGAAAAACGCUAUGAUGCCGAAAAAGUAUUAAACAGUUUAGUACACCUGUUAAAGAAUCGAUGUGGAGAGGAUUUAACUUUAGUAAGUCCAAGUCAUUUUGGAAGUAUUAUGCCAAUCCCUGGUGGAAAUAUACCUGUGCCAUUUGGAUACGUGAAUAUAAUUGCACCAUUACUUCGUGAAUUACCUGAAGAUUCUGUACAAUAUCGUAAGCCUGUGAAAACUAUAACUUGGAAUCAAAGUGAAAACAUUCGGGCAAUAGUUCAUUGCGCUGAUGGGGAAGAAAUUCCAGCUGAUUAUGUAAUAAUUACUGUAUCGUUAGGAGUAUUGAAAAAAAAUAUGGAUACAAUGUUUGCUCCCCAACUGCCAUCCGAAAAAGUUGAAGCAAUUAACAAACUUGGCUUUGGUGUUGUUGAUAAAAUUUAUUUAGAAUAUGAUCGGCCAUCAUGGAUUUGGGAAGAAAGUGAGAUAAAAUUUGCUUGGUCACCAGAUGAAUUUCAAGAUCGUAUGGAUUGGACUAAAGGUGUAACAACUGUGGAACAAGUAGCAGGUAGUAAUCACGUGAUAUGCGCUUGGAUUUCUGGUAAAGAAGCUAUUGAAAUGGAAAUGUGUUCAAACAAGGAUGUUGCUGAAGGUAUUACUCAUCUACUGCGACAAUUUUCGAAUGAUCCUAGCUUUCCUAUGCCUAAAAAUCUAGUACGUUCAAAAUGGGGCACAAAUCCAUAUUUUUUAGGUGCUUACAGUUUUAUGGCAUUAGAAAGUAAAAUGGAGCAUAGAAAUAGUCUUACAUCACCCAUACCUGGAAUAUGUGAGCCCAUUCCCCCAAUUUUAUUAUUUGCUGGGGAAGCUACAUGCAUAGGUCAUUUUUCGACUGUUCAUGGCGCUCGAUUAAGUGGAAUUCGUGAAGCUGAACGUAUUAUACAAUUUACUGAAAAUUAUACUGGCUCAACAGAUAUUUGGUUGCUUUGA